AUGCAGAUCCACGUGGAGGACGGCGCCGGCGCAUCGUCAGCAAAAGCGCGGUACUACGUCAUGGUGCCAGAGGUGUCGUGUACGCAACUGUUGAGUGGGCGGAGUUGCAUUCCACUUCCUAGCGGUGACGCGGAUGUUGGACCGACGCGGGUUUGUGGCCGGCCGAUUUACGUCUACGAAGUGACGAUGCAAGAGGGCUAUUCUGCUUCCACCGCGGUGGCGGCGGUCGUGCGGCGACUGUCGCACAGCCCCGGAGAGCUGGAGUCGUUGGUGCGCCAGGGCAGCGAUCUCGCCUGGAAGGGAGGUCUCGAGCAGGACGAAGCUGCAAUGCCAUGGUCGCCUCCGACUGCCUUCCACUUCUCUUUAACGUCUUUUGCAGGCGAGAUCCAGCGUUUGGAGACUCAGCGUGACCUGCACAGGAGCGGUAGCACGGCUGGUGAAGCACCCCACGCCCUGUGCCGCGCGCCGCUGCUUCUCCUCCGCCGUGCCGUGGCACCUUCACAAGACCUGAAGAAUCUAAUUGCCGCCUCUCCUCUGGGUGCUGCGCUCGGUGCGGAGGGUCGGAAACAACUCCUCGCCGCCAACACCACAACUGCCACGGUGGAAGGGCUUCUGCUGACGACAAGCGUGGAGGCGGGCACGACGUCCCUGUUGGUGUACUCCGGUGAGGUGCCGGGUAGUGGUUUAGCCGUGCAGCGCUUCCUGACUGCGCCGGCGCGAGCUCCGAUUACACUCGCCAGCGAAGCGAACACCCGCGAACUGCCUCACGAGAAAGGAGAAGCUAGUGCGGAGCAGCAGCAGCAACGGCAGCAACUGUGGGCGAAGUUGUGCGAGGAGCUGCACCGCGAGCGCGACUACGCGUGUGGGGCCCUUCUCAUGGCCACGGUAAGCCCUCCGCCUGGUAACACCGCCGCUGCAGGUGGUGCGGCUACGGCAUGUGUUCCACCGCCAAUAUCCACGAAUGACGCGACCGAGUCAGAGCACAAGGAAGAGGGCGUGGAGCCGGCUUCCACCGCCGCGAAUCACGUGCAGCCCGGCUCACCAGAGGCGCACGUGGUGGAGUUGCUAAAGGAUGUCGUCCCGCAGCUGAGCACCGCGGCGACAACAAAGCUGCCCGUUGCGCUGGUGCACGUGCGAGGCUACGGCACCGUUCGCGUGCACCUCCUCCCCCACAUCGCCCCGCUCGCCUCCGAGAACUUCGUUCGGCUAAGCCGACAGCGCAAGUACGACCGCCUCACCUUUCACCGCGUCAUUCCGAAUGCAAUAGUGCAGGGCGGGUGUCCGCGAGGGGACGGCACCGGUGGAGAAAGCGCCUUUGACGGCGGCGCGCCUUUCCAGGAUGAGGCUCUCCAUGUGUUUCCCUUCUUCUCCCACACGAUGGAGAAGGAUUGUUGCUGGCUGUGUAUGGCCAACGCCGGCCCAAACACAAACGCGUCGCAGUUCUUCUUUACGGUGCCGGGUGGGGAGGCGAUGCCGUGGCUGAACGGCCAUCACACCGUCUUCGGGUUUGCGGUGGAGGGGCUGGAUGUGGUGCGGGCCAUCAGUCUGGCCGCGCGAGACGAGGCGGACGCGCCGCUGUCGUCGAUCAUCAUUGAACGAGUGGACGUUCUCUCCGGCUAA